AUGCCUCACUCCCCUCAGUCUACUGGGCAAAUCACCUGCCACCAGUGCCAUGUGACGCUGGCGUACCCCAUCGGUGCCCCCUCGGUGCGGUGCCCGAUGUGUGCCGCGGUGACACCGGUCCAGCAGUUCAGUGUGACGUGCGUGUGCUGCCGCUGCAUCCUUAUACUGCCGCAAAACACCAGCCUUGCUAUGUGCCCGCGAUGCCGCACCGUAAUGUCUAUCCCGGCUAGUAUUCGCGAGGGCCACAGCGGGCCGCAGGCACCGCCAAAGCAGUGCGUGUACAUUGACCGCCCGCCCACUGUCGACUCGUCGGGCACGAGGGUGACCCACUUGGCUGUUGGUACGAAGCUCGACGAUGACAACCCACCCGUGAAGCGCUAG